AUGUCGUGCUUUCUGAAACCUGUCGAUUAUAACGAUAGUGAAGAUAAAUCUCGCUUAGUUAAAGCGAGACCAGUUGAUCCGAAGUUCGCUCGGAAAUUAGGCAGUUAUGCCGCUGGCAAAGAUUUUGUUACUGGAAGCGUGCAGAGAAAAAGUAAUGUAAAAAUGGAGAACGAUCCAAAUGCUGGCGAAAUAAGGGAAGAAAAAACUGGAUUAGAACAGCGCAAUAAACUUGGUGCAAAGAUAUUAAAAGCGAAGCUACAAGGAAAAGUAUCUCUGGUAGAAAAGUUGGAGAAACAGUUGCAGGCUUUAACAGAAGAUGGACCAGACCAUUCUUCGACUUCUAAAAUACUCUUUAGAACUGAUGGAGGUGAUGUGCGGAUACCUAUUACUAUGAAACUAAAAAGAAAGGAUUUAAAAAGUCGUGGCAAAAUUGCAGCAACUUAUCAUGCCGAUCAAAGUAUCCAUGAUAUGGUAGCUGAAGAAAAAGAAACAACAUCUGCUGGUCAUAUUUUUAACGCCUUUAAGGCCGCAGCGAAACAUCGAAUGGAAGAAGAGUGGGUCAUUGAUGAUGCAGUGAUGAGCAUAAAGCGAUCACGGAUGGGAGAAGAGAAAGAGCAAAAGAGGAACCGAAACAGUCUAAUAAGAGGUAAGCUUAUUUUUGCUUUUUCUCUAGUAUUAUAG